UAAGGAGACGCUUGAAAAGUCAUCUUUUGGAGCCCCUUAUGAGUAUGCUGUGGAAACAGCAAAACAGAAGGCUCUUGAAGUAGCAAACAGAAUGCACGUAAAACACCUGAGAACACCUGAUGUUGUCAUAGGAGCAGACACUAUUGUGACUGUGGAUGAGCAGAUCCUGGAGAAACCAGUUGAUAAGCAAGAUGCAUAUAGGAUGCUGUCAAGGUUGAGUGGGAAAGAGCACAGCGUGUUCACAGGAGUGGCUAUUGUACAUUGCAGCAGUAAAGAUAAUCAGCUAGAGACAGAAGUCACUGAUUUCUAUGAAGAGACUAAAGUAAAAUUUUCUGAACUGUCAGAAGAGCUCUUAUGGGAGUACAUUCAUAGCGGGGAGCCAAUGGACAAGGCUGGUGGAUAUGGAAUCCAGGCCCUUGGUGGAAUGUUAGUUGAAUAUGUCCAUGGAGACUUCUUGAACGUUGUGGGAUUUCCUCUGAAUCACUUUUGCAAAAAGCUAGCAGAAUUGUACUAUCCACCCCCUAAACAUAAUGUACAACACAAAAAGCAUGACUCUAUCCCUUCUGUGGACACUUUUGAGAACCUAAGUGAUGGAGAAAGUGAAUCUUCAAAUUUCACAGAGCACAAAGGUGCUAGCAAGUUGGACAGCAGUGGGAUGUGUUCCUCAGGAACUAUUUACAAUUCUGAAACCAAUUCUAGUGUCAGAGCUGGUUUUAUGGUACCUUUGGAAAAUCAGAAUGGAGUGUCAGAAAGUGCAGCAAAACUUCCAUCUAAAAUUCUAGAGCUGAUGGAUGGUUUUAGAGCUUCAAAGGCUCUGUUUGUAGCAUCUAAGAUGAAGAUAUUCGAUCAUCUGAAAGAUAAAGGUCCGCUGAAAGCUGUGGAUAUUGCAAAUGAGGUUGGAACCUCUGUGUGUGGAACAGAAAGACUCCUUGAUGCAUGUGCUGCUCUUGGAUUACUGGAGAAAACACCACAAGGUUACAGUAAUACAGAUUCAGCAAAUACAUACCUGACUUUAGAUGGUGAAUACUCACUUCAUGGCUACAUUAUCCACUCUAAUGACCACCUUUGGCCUCUCUUCACAAACUUGGAGUCUGCUGUCAAAGAAGGCAGCAGGCAGAACCAUCGAGCCUUUGGAAAGAAAGCAGAGGAUUUAUUUAAGGACUAUUAUUGCAGCCAGGAGGUGAAGCAACGUUUUAUGGCUGCCAUGCACAGCAUUGCCCACCUGACAGCAAGAGACGUGGCUACAGCAUUUGAUCUUUCACAGUUUAAAUCUGCUUGUGAUUUAGGAGGCUGCACUGGAGCUCUGGCUCAUGAACUAGUACAAAUAUACCCAAAUCUCAAGGUCACAGUAUUUGACCUUCCAGAAGUCAUUGCGAACACCUCUUACUUUCAGCCUUCUGGACAACACACAGCUCCUGUGACAUUUGUAGCGGGUAAAUGUGACUUCUUCAAGGAUAAUCUUCCAGAAGCAGAUCUUUACAUUCUUUCACGUGUUCUUCAUGACUGGCCUGAUGAGAAGAUAAAUGUGCUGUUAAGCAAGAUAUCAUCUGUUUGCAAACCAGGAAGUGCGUUGCUAGUGGCAGAAAUUGUGCUUGACGAACAGAAGACACACCCUCCUAGAGCUGUACUGCAGUCCCUCAGUAUGACUGAAGGCAAGCAGAGAAGUGGCUCAGAAUAUAAACAGCUACUGGAGAAAUACGGCUUCACAAAC